ACUUUGCUUCUGAUUCAGCGACAUGAUCCUGGCGCCGAAAACUGAUCGACAGGUGCUUUAGACAUUUGCUUAUAUUGAUUUCAGUUUUAGUACAACUUAUGUGUUGAGCUAGCUCUUUUUAUCAUGAUAAUAAAUUCUAAUUCAUCAACCAUUUUCUCAUCUAUAUGGCUUCCAGUAUUCUUUUACGUUGAGCCGUUAGAUCAACAAGUUAUCAUAUCAAUACUGGAACUUAUGAUCUACCUUGUCUGCAUUCACCUGGUAAACGUGAGCCUCCAUGUUGCUCUGAAAAUUCGUCUGUUUCACCGUAACCUCUAUAUUUUGGCGCUUCCCAUGUUUGGCAUGUGGUAUGAGCUUAUCAUUGGGAAGUUUAUCACUAUAGCCUAUCGGCUGAAACUUCUGGGCCUAGACUUUGAGCUCGGCGAGCACACCGCGAUCUGGACGAAUGAUCCCGGAAAAGUUUUAUUGGUGGCGUCACUGAACGGCUUGGAACUAUUGAUUUUUGGUGGAUUUCUGCAGUGGCAUUAUAUGUAUUCUUGGAUUUUUGGUGUGCUUACAGUUGCGGUAGAGCGGGUGAUUGCUUCAGUGUUAAUAGAAAACUAUGAAUCCAACACCCAAAACCUAAUGCCAGCAAUUCUCCUUAUUAUCAGCCAAUUUUUAUCAAUCUCCAUGGCUUUUGGUCUUCUGUUUCAAAAGGUCGGACCACUUUCUGCUCAUUUCCCCUGGAUGAUAAGCUGCCCGAUUUCAGUGGCUGCAUAUGUGUUCGUGAAAAAAGUCAAUGAAUCGUUCCGACGGGAGAUUAAGAAUCCGGGUAGGAAGCGAAUUUUCACACUUUCCCAGCAGUUUCAAGUCAAGGAGAAUCUAAGAGUGUUACAUCUUGGUACCCGCUUGGUCUUUGCCGUCCUAUCUUUUAUCGGAAUUUGUGGGUGUGGAAUCGCGGCGCUCCACUACAAAAUUGUACCGUCCUACUAUUGCCAUCUCAUCGAAAAUGUGCUCUUUUUAAACCCAUUUCUCAUUGGCUUAACCGCAAUGUUGAGCAUUCCGCAGUGGAAAGAGCAAUUUAUGAAGUCAUUUUUGACGGUACGGUUGUUCAGAAAUAGACGAAAACCUGUGCAUAUUGUCGUGGAAAUUGAGGAGUGUGCGAAAAAGAAGAACGAUGUGGAGACUAAUUUAUAUUUUAAGCAAUUGGCGAAUUCUUGGAUUUGA